UGAAAAUGGCAUUAAGAAUAUUCUUUCUUUCUAUGAGUCUGGAAAAUUGCGUUUUCAACAAAUACUUACGCAGGAUGUGUAUAAAACUGAGCCCCGAGUAGCUACUGGAUGCUGCGCACAAAAUGUAGUUAAUUACACUCACACUCAACUUGAGAAUAUGGAGAAAUACAAAUCAAUCCAAGCGUUAACUGUUCAACAGAACACUUCAGCAUCUGAAACUAGCCAUUCAAAACAGAUACGUCACGUUACUACAGAUGCAGAGAAAAUGAUACUUAUCCAAUUAUUUAGAUUCGAAGAUUUACCUCCGAAGACGCAAUCUCAGAAGUGUUGUUGCAACUCCAAACUGUUUUUUCAAGCUGGAUGGCUGAAAGAAUCAAACAGUAUUGGAGAAAUAACCGUCCCAACCCCAACAAGAGAAUUAAAAAAAUAG